AUUUUCAUCCAUCGUUCGUUCGUUCGUUUUCUGUCAUCACAGUUUUGCGGUCGCGGUGAAAAUAUCGGAAAAAUCACGAAAACUCCGGAUCUGCAAAUUUUGAGCCACCACAAAAAAUCGGAAAAAUACUCGUGAAAAUUUGCUUCCCUGUUCGUGUUUUGCGUGUGAGUUUGUAACGCGUGUGAAGCAGUGCAUACGGAAAGUGAAGUGCUUGGAAGAACUUUGUUGGAUUGCGAGAAAUCGACGAAAAGAAAUUGCGAUUUUCACCCCUUGACGAUUUGUCCCCCGCAGUCAUCGGCAGUGGAUCCAAAGCUGACGUAGCAAAAUAUCAGCUGUUGCAGAUCGAGAAAAUCCAGGCCAAAGAUUUGUGAGCUUCAACCCGUUCCAACUAAGCGAGCCCAAGCCAAAACGGUAGACGGAAUCCGAUUCCCCAAAGCGAUGGAUGUAUCUGUUUGGUGCGAUCCAGAAGCACUAAAGUAGCAUGCCGCAUCAUAAGAAUCAACUUGCCGCCGUGAUAAAGGGCCGAGGCCAGACAGGAUUCAGCGAGUACGAAGUGCUGAAGAUAUUCUGCGAUGUGUGCGAAUCUCUGGCUCAGUUGCACUGCUGCCAAGCGCCAGUCAUCUAUCGGGAUUUGAAGGUAGAGAAUGUGGUGCAGAACGAUAUGGGGAGAUUCAUCCUGGCCGAGUCCGGUACAGCCACAACACGUUUCCUAAACCCGGCAGCUCACGGUAAGAAAGUCGUUGAGGAUGAAAUCCAGAAGAACACCACCCAAGGCUAUCGGGCACCUGAAAUGAUUGAUCUGAACUCAGGUCACAGCAUCACGACCAAGAGCGAUAUCUGGGCCUUAGGAUGUUUGCUGUAUCGACUUUGUUUCGGCUCGCUGCCCUUCGGAGAAAGUUCUAAAGCUAUUGUACACUGUCAGUAUAACAUUCCAGAGAAGUGCAAAUAUUCGCCUGAACUGUGUCAAUUAAUUCGCUUCCUGUUGGAAGCAGACCCGGAGAAGCGUCCUAGUAUCUACCAAGUCUGUGAGUUUGCAUUUAAAAUCUCCGGCAAGGACAACCCGCUGAGAAUCGCCCGGGAGCGACAAAAAUCGUUCAGCGCCAGCAGCAACCACAAUUCCGAUUACAACAAUGACCGGAAGCAUCACCAACCUGCUUCGUCGACAGGGCCGUCGUCAGUGGCUCCGAUCAGCGUCAGCACCAGUGUUGCACCGAGAUCGCGUCCCAAGGGGCAGCACUCGGGGACGGGUAGUGGGUUCAAUUUGGGACCACCCCCACCCAAUCCAUCACCAAAGAACGUUGUGUCCCCGGUUCCUGGCAUUGAAACUGAUGGCAAGCCAAGUGCCAUUGCAGAGAGAACAUUUGUGGCGAAUUUCAGUGAAAAUUUUCCAAUGGCCAAACAGAUUGCCAAAAGUCCGGCAGGACUGAGCAUUGACUUGCAACUUCAGUCAGCAAGCGCAGAUGCGCAGCGAAGUAGUAACGAUACGAGCUUUAGACGUUUUUCAUCAGAUGCCAAACACCUACUGAUACCAUCGGUGGAUCCUUCGGCACAAAAAGAGAAAUCCGCUGCUGUUUCGCCGCUAUCAUUGCUAUCUCCUUUUGAGCCGGAACCACCCUCGUCGUCCUCAUCGUCAACGCGACCUCGUCCCACAACUUUGCAACCCUCGGCGCAUCAUCAGUCCAAAUCGUCCACUUCAUCAUCACAGCACCGCCGUCAGCAUCACGUGCUAAGCAAUUCCAACAGUGAAAAGUCCCUAGUAUCUCCCGUAUCUAGCUCCACGUGGAACCCAUUCGGCGAUGCAUCCUCCUUUAGUCCGAACUCCACACUCAUGGAGGACCAACUGUUCGGCGCCGAGUUCGACAAGCUACGUUUGGAAGGCGGUAGUCAGACGUCCAUCGUGACUUCUCCCGAAGAGAUGAAAUCCGAAAGCACGUGGUUGAGAAGAUCGCAGCAUCAGCAGCAGCAACAGAGGUUCUCUUUGCCAACCCUCACGCAAGCCGUUUCUACCGGUGUGCUGCCGACGUCUACAGUAGAAGUGGUUCCGGAAGAGGAUCCAUUCGGGUCGGCUCCGUUUACCCUACCUAAACGGGUGAAGGACAAAACCGGGCGAUCUUCAAAGCUGACCUCGAAGCUGAGCGAAGUAAUAGCUGGAGCUGCUGGCGGCGGAGUCUUGUGGCGACAUUCCGCUGGAGGUGGAGGUAAGGAGAGUUUGAUUUCGUCUGUUCCCGGGGCGAUGAACGGAGAGAACGGAAGGGAGGGGAAUGGCGAUGAGGGGUUGGACAAGUCCGCACUGUUAGGAAUUAAGUUGGACGAUUUGAUCAGCGGUGGAGAGAAAGGUUCGCCGAACUUUAUAAAAUUGCCGUUGGACGAUAGGAACAAGUAUGAGAAGCUGAAUUCGAAUGAUGUUACGUCGGAUGAUAGUGAUUUGGAUUAUCCGGAUGGAACUGGAGGGCAGAAGAAGCAGAGCUUUAAGCAAUUUGUGGAGAACAACAUACCGGAGAAGUUGCAAGCGGUUUAUCACAAGGUCGAUAAAGGGCAAAUCAAGAACGCGCAGAUUGUAAAGAAGCUGCGGGGCAAGGUUGUGAGCAAAGACGAUGGAAAGAAGGGAUCAAGGGGUGCCAGAUCGAAAGAUAAGCAGCGUGGCAAGGACGCGGUCGGAGAUAAUGAAUGCAAGGAAGGUGAAUCAGAUGAUUCAAUCGGGUCGGCUAGUGAUCUGAGGGCAAACGAUGAUUUUCCCGAUGGAGAAGAAGGAGAAAAUGGGAAAACCGUUGCUGGCAAACCGUCGAAGAAACUCAACAGAAUGACGUUCGGCGAUGGAAGCGUAGAUGAUUGUAUUAGUGAGAGUAUUAAGACCUGCGGAUCAAGUGCCUAUCAUGCUGAGUGUGAAAGCGUUACGACAAACGAAGACAACACCAGUCGAAUCGUCACCAGAGUACGGGUCAAGAAACGAGAGCACGAUUCGAAGCAUAGUGUAAUCGACGAAGACGAUUCAGGCGAAGAAGAUAUGUUACAAGGGGACAAACCUUUGCUGUUGGACGAUGAACUAGAUUACGAAUCUGCUCCGGAAAAUAAUACUAGCGGUGAGGAAGUUCUUAUGGAUCCUUUUACUCCAGAGUCUUUGCCUGAUGAAUCGGAGAAAUUGACCGAAGAAGAUGAAGUAGAUUUGGAUCCAUUCGCAAUGGCUCCUUUCAAGAAACCGGCAGUUCCUAAGCGAAGCAGUAUUAAAUAUCAACCUAACGUGAACCCUAUUCCUGAGAAUUGUCCUACCAUACCAGCACCGACACUACCUCCAACUUUGGACAACUUUUGCCCUUCUACACCCAUCAAGCUUGUCCGAUCUCUACCCGAACCCAGUGAUCCUCCACCGGUUCUUCCUACAGCACCAGUAGCUCCAGAACCGGUAGUAGCAUUCUCCCAACGAUCUCCCAACACCCGAACCGAUCUAUUCGGCUCGGAACCGUUCCCCUCACUAGUCCUAUCGCCCCCUAUAGUAGCUGUCCGACCUAUGCCGGAAGUCACGCCAAUUCCAACGGUUACCGUCCAAUCGGGAUCCAUCGCACUAACGCACAUCAUUCCAAACGCGAAGGCAGCUUUACCCAUUGUUAUCCCAUUGGAACCGGUACCGGCACCUCCAAUCACUCCAAAGCAGCCCACUCAGCCCCCAAUGAACGCGCGAACAUCGUACGUCAACUUCAGCCAAAUUCCGACGCAAAGCGUCAGCAGCAUCUCUCCGGACAACAACUAUGUCAACUUCUUAACGGAUUACGACGAAGAUGACGAUGUACGGAAGCUGAAGUCCGACGAAUACGACGAUAGCAGCGACACGGUUGUGAAGAGUUCCUCUAAGAGUGGUGGGUUCCUCAGCAAAAAAGAAAAAGUUAAGUACAACUCCCUGAAAGAUCACAAAAUAUCCCCCGGAAAGGAAGACUCCGGGCAUCUGGGUAUCCUAGGCGGAAGCACGGGGUCCGCCGGAAACCACACGUCGAAAAUUCCAAUAAAGCUUAGCCAAAAAGUUAAAGUUAAUGUAGGCAGUUAUAAGAAGGUAUCCACCAAGGGUAGCAAGAAGGACAAGUCCAACGGCACAGGCGCCGAAGCGGAACGAUACGAGGACAACGGCACAAAACCAUCAUCCAAAGCUUGCAAAAACAUGGGAUUCAGCAAUAUGAGCUUCGAGGAUUUCCCGUCGGACGAAGCGCUCGAGGAGCAUCAGCAGCAGCAUCUCCAUCGAAGCGGUGGCGGAGCGGCUGGCCUUGUCCAACGCCUCCACGCGCCAUUCGAAGUCAUCCGGAACGAGAAGACCCUGCUCGAGGCGGAGAAAAAGUUCGGAUCGUUGAAACGACGGAGCAAUCCGUUCUCAUGAUUGUAUGCGUCGGAAGCUCAGAAGCGAAAGAAGUGAGUACGGGAGCACCAUUCUGAAGGCGAUCGGUUGGUAAGUUGUUCACAUAUUUAUUUUGUAAUAUAACUAUAGUUAGGAUAUUUAUGUUGAAGCUUAGACAGCCGGACUGAAUCUCACUAAAAUCAGUUGUUUGAAUAGUGAGAUGUAUAUAUAACAAAGUUACACUGGAUUCAGUUGGACUCAAAAUAUAUUCCUAUGAGGAAUACGAUACAUAAAAAACCGGUAAUUGAUGGCAAAUGUGACGUUUACGAUAUGAAGACACCAACACGAUUUAAAGUAACUGCGGCGAUCUACAAGCCAUUUCAAGAAGUUUUCAAGAUCGCCUUCGCGACAAAUAUUCACGCGAUGCACAGAAAAGCCGCCGAGAGAUAUCGUAGAGCUCCAUCUGCUUUGGUCUGUGGUUAUACUUCGUCAGUUGCCCCGAAUGAUCAGGGC